AUGCCAGACCACCGCGACCUCCGUGUGACCUUCGACAAGGUUGAUGCGCCAAGCCACAUCACCAAGAAGGCUGAAGGAGACAAGGAAAUCAUUGACCUGCGGCCAAUGAACGGCGGCUUCCCCAUCUUCGAUCAGGGGCAUCUCGGCAGCUGCACAGCGAACGCUUUAGCAGCAGCCUUCCACUUCACCCUCCACAAGAUGACGGUGGAGAACCAUAAGGACUUCGCCGACUUCACCCCUAGCCGGUUGUUCAUCUACUACAACGAACGCCUUGUGGAGGGCAGCGUGAACCAGGAUGCUGGUGCGAUGAUCCGGGACGGCAUCAAGACGAUGUCCAAGGUUGGUGUUUGCCCUGAGAGCAUCUGGAAGUAUGACGACCAGCAUGAUUUCUUCAAGCAGCAGCCCAGUGACAAGGCAUACGAGCUGGCGCAGAAAUGCAGGGUGAUGGGCUACGCGCGCGUUGCCCAGGACCUGAGCCAGUUCAAGGCAUGCCUGAAGAACGGCUACCCCUUCGUUUUCGGUUUUGCCGUUUUGUCCAGCUUCCAGACAGCAGAGGUUGCCAGGACCGGCAAGAUGGUGAUGCCGCAGCCGACCGACCAACAGCUGGGAGGCCACGCCGUUACUGCCGUGGGCUACGACGACUUCCAGCAGUGCUUCAUCGUCCGCAACUCUUGGGGAGAAGGGUGGGGCGACAAGGGCUACUUCUACAUGCCCUAUGAGUACAUGUGCCAUCCCGCCCUUGCCUCCGACUUCUGGGCCAUCAACUGGGUCGAGGGCUUCAAGAACACUAGCAGCCUCUCGGAGAGUGGCAGGUUGCAGAUCGGAGGUGCGCCCAGGCAUCCCAAUGUCGUGUCCCUCAACAUGCGCACGAACAUGAAGUUCGGCUGGCGACCAGACAUGCCGGACCACCGCGAUCAUACCGUGACCUUCAACAAGGUCGAAGCGCCGAGCCACAUCAAGAAGAAGGUCGAAGGAGCGAAAGAGCUCAUUGACCUGCGGCCAAUGAACGGCGGCUUCCCCAUCUUCGACCAGGGGCAUCUCGGCAGCUGUACAGCGAACGCUUUGGCAGCAGCCUUCCACUUCACCCUCCACAAGAUGACGGUGGAGAACCAUAAGGACUUUGCCGACUUCACCCCUAGCCGAUUGUUCAUCUACUACAAUGAACGCCUUGUGGAGGGCAGCGUGAACCAGGAUGCUGGUGCGAUGAUCCGGGACGGCAUCAAGACGAUGUCCAAGGUCGGCGUCUGCCCGGAGAGUGUUUGGAAGUAUGACGACCAGCAUGAUUUCUUCAAGCAGCAGCCCAGUGACAAGGCCUACGAGCUGGCACAAAAGUGCAAAGUCGUCGGUUAUGCUCGCGUCGCCCAGGACCUGAGCCAGUUCAAGGCAUGCCUGAAGAGCGGCUACCCCUUUGUCUUCGGCUUUGCCGUCCUGACGAGCUUCCAGACAGCGGAGGUUGCCAGGACCGGCAAGAUGGUGAUGCCCCAGCGGACCGACCAACAGCUAGGAGGCCACGCCGUUACUGCCGUGGGCUACGACGACUUCAAGCAGUGCUUCAUCGUCCGCAACUCUUGGGGAGAAGGGUGGGGCGACAAGGGCUACUUCUACAUGCCCUAUGAGUACAUGUGCCAUCCCGCCCUUGCCUCCGACUUCUGGGCCAUCAACUGGGUCGAGGGCUUCAAGAACGCGACCACCCAGAACCCGACCAAGAAGUGA